AUGUUCGAGCAUGCCCAGAAGCUGUUCGACGAAAUGCCUAGCCUGAAGACUGACCGCUCGCUGCUGCACCUGAAUGCCCUUUUGGCCGCCUGCGUUUGUUCCAGGAAACUCGAUAAGGUCGACCAGAUUUUCCGGCUGUUGCCGCAGAAACUGUCGCUGGAUGUUGAUGUUUGCACUUACAAUACGGUUAUUAAGGGUUAUUGCCUGAUGGGGGCUCUUGAUCCGGCUCUUUCAUUGCUUGAUGAGAUGGAGAAAAUGGGGAUUGGACCUGAUUUAAUCACGUUGAACACCCUGCUCGAGGCUUUUCAGGCAAAUGGCAGGUUCUUGGAGGGAGAGAAGAUGUGGGAUCUAAUAGUGAGCAAGAAAUUUAACCCUAGCAUCAGGAGUUACAAUACAAGAAUUCGCGGGUUACUUUCGCAGAACAGAGUCGCCGAUGCCGUAAAGCUGUUUGAUGAAAUGCGGGAUAAGGGAAUCGAGGCUGAUACUUAUAGCUUCAAUGCUUUUAUUGUCGGGUGUUGCCGAAAUGGAGACUUGAUGGGAGCCAAGAACUGGUACCGCCGGCUCAUGGAGAGUGGAUGUGCUCUCGAUCGGGUGACAAUAUCUGCUCUCACUCCUUUCCUUUGUGAGAAGGGUGACUAUGAAUUGGCUCACAGGCUUUGUAUCAAGGCCAUAAAUAAGAAGUUAUUUAUUGGAACGGAUACUCUGCAGUAUGUUGUGAAUUUCUUGGUUCAGGAAUUGAAGGUUGAACUGGCAAAAGAGAUUGUGGAACAUGGCAAGGCGCAGAAAAAACCAUAUGAACUAGAAUUGCCUCAAGCAGAGUAA